AUGAGAAAAGCUGGGAUGCGUGUGCCAACCAUAUUUCGUGCAUUUGCCACUCAAUGCGGGGGAUUUGAGACAGUUGGAUUUGAAAUUAAAGACAUCUACAAUGCAAUAGAGAAGCAAAGAAGAGUGGGGGCGAGUGAUGCGGAGUGUGCCUUAAAGUAUUUGUGUUGCCUAAAGAGGAAUGACGCAAACAUGUUCUGGAAAUUCUCAUUGGAUGAGGAGAGGAGGCUGCACAAUAUAUUUUGGUGUGAUGGUACUAGCCGACAUGACUAUAGUGUGUUUGGGGAUCUUCUGGGGUUCGAUGCAACUUAUGGGAGGAAUAGGUACAAGUGUCCGCUUGUAAUAUUUUUGGGUUUGGAUCAUCACAUGCGGACUGUGGUAUUCGGUUGUGCAAUUCUGAGCAACGAAGUAGAGGAAAGUUAUGUUUGGUUUUUGCGAGUAUUUCUUGAGGCAAUGAAAGGACAAGAACCGAAAUCUGUGUUGACCGAUGGAGAUUUGGCAAUGAAGAAUGCAAUUAAUGCUGUCUUUCCAAAUGCACAUCACAGGCUGUGCAGCUGGCGCCUACUACGAAAUGCAACUGCCCGCAUUGGCCAGCCCAUGUUUCUUCACAAGUUCUGA